AUGUCUCAUAGUUACUGCCAGUCAUUCAGGAGGUCCUAUAACUCGCCGCAGCUCUCCGCCAUUUUCCAUGGCUCUAAUCCUACAAGCUUUGGAGAUGGAAUUUGUUUGCCCAGCACCUGCCACAGCAGAACUUGGCUCUUGGACAACUAUCAAGAAACCCACAAUGAAACCUCCAGCUGCCAAUUGACCAGUUGUGAGCAGGACCACUUUACAGAAGAUACAUUUGUGCAAAGUUGUUGCCUACCCAGUGUUGUCCAAACAACUUAUCCCAAUUCCAAGCCUUCUGAAAGGACAUCAUGCCAAUCAAGAAGUUCCUCAACAGUGUCAGAAAAUGCUUCUCUGUCUUGCCAGUCACGAAGCAGUCAGCAAGUGGGUUUUGGAACCCAACAUUGCCAACCCGAGAGCUACAUGGCAAAGCAUUGUCCACUAAAGACUUCCGUGUCUCAGAGUUGUCAGACUCUGGAAUAUGAAUCUAGCCAAUGCCAAUGUCAGAUCUCUGAGUCCAGUUCCUGUAGCCCACUGGUCAAUGCUGCCCCUGGGCCUCAACUCCUGGAAUCCUACGAGCCAGCUUGCUAUAUUACUGGUGGUUUGAAAUCAUCUAGUAAGUGA